UUCUCUCUCUGCAGGUGGGGUCCAAACAGGUGAGGUUGAAACUUCUCUCUGACCUUUGGCAUUACAUCUUUAGUCAUGUGUUCUGUGGGAAACUCCAGCUGUAACCCUGAGGGUCAGGAGUUGCAGGGAUUGGGGCCAAGAGCCUGGGACAACCCGGCUUACAGUGGGCCCCCCUCACCACCUGCAACCCUGAAGAUCUGCACCAUCUCUGGUCCUCUACCAAGCCAGCCUGGGAAGAAGCCCAAAGGUGGGCCCUUCAAGAGGGCACCUCAAGCAUCAGGCAUGGACUGCUGUCGCCACAUGUGUUUCCACAUCUGUCGUGGCAUCCGAGGACUUUGGGGUACAACACUAACAGAGAACAUGGCGGAAAACAGAGAACUUUAUGUCAAGACCACUCUGAGAGAGCUGCUGGUAUAUGUGGUGUUUCUAGUGGAUAUCUGCCUAUUGACUUACGGAAUGACCAGCUCCAGUGCUUAUUACUACACCAAAGUGAUGUCAGAACUCUUCUUAGAAACCCCAUCUGCUACUGGAGUCUCCUUCCAGACCAUCAGCAGCAUGAAAGACUUCUGGAGCUUUGCCCAGGGCCCACUGCUUGACAGUCUCUAUUGGAACAAGUGGUAUAAUAACCAGAGCCUGAGCGAGAGCACACACUCAUUCAUCUACUAUGAGAACCUUCUCCUGGGUGUCCCAAGAUUGCGGCAGCUCAAAGUGAGGAAUGACUCAUGUGCUGUUCAUGAAGAUUUCCGAGAGGACAUCUUGGGCUGUUAUGAUGUCUACUCCCCAGACAAGGAGGAGAGGCUCCCCUUUGGACCCCUCAAUGGCACUGCGUGGACAUACCAUUCAGAGGACGAACUGGGGGGCUCUUCUCAUUGGGGCCAGCUUACGAGCUACAGCGGUGGUGGCUAUUACAUGGAUCUACCAGGACCCCGGGAAGUUAGCGCCAACAUACUGCGUGGUCUGAAAGAUGGGCUGUGGCUGGACCGGGGUACCCGCGUUGUCUUCAUUGACUUCUCUGUCUAUAAUGCCAACAUCAACCUCUUCUGUGUGCUGAGGCUAGUGGUGGAGUUCCCAGCCACAGGUGGGGCUGUUCCAUCCUGGCAAAUCCGCACUGUAAAGCUGAUCCGUUACGUGAGCUCCUGGGACUUUUUCAUUGUGGGAUGUGAGAUCCUCUUCUGCGUUUUCAUCUUUUACUAUGUGGUAGAGGAAGCAUUGGAGUUGAAGAUUCACAAGCUCCGUUAUCUAAGCAGUGUUUGGAAUAUCCUGGACAUGGUGGUCAUCCUGCUCUCCAUUAUGGCCGUGGGCUUCCAUGUGUUCCGUACCCUAGAAGUGAAUCGCCUUAUGGGGCACCUCCUACAGCGGCCCAGUGAUUAUGCUGACUUCGAGUUCCUGGCUUUCUGGCAGACACAGUACAACAAUAUGAAUGCUGUCAACCUUUUCUUUGCUUGGAUCAAGAUUUUCAAGUACAUCAGUUUCAAUAAGACGAUGACGCAGCUCUCAAGCACACUUGCCCGCUGUGCCAAGGACAUUCUAGGCUUUGCCGUCAUGUUCUUCAUUGUGUUCUUUGCUUACGCCCAGCUGGGCUUCCUGCUCUUUGGGACCCAAGUGGAAAACUUCAGCACUUUUGUCAAGUGCAUCUUCACUCAGUUCCGGAUCAUCCUGGGAGACUUUGACUACAACGCCAUCGACAAGGCCAACCGGGUGCUGGGCCCGGCCUACUUCGUCACCUACGUCUUCUUCGUGUUCUUCGUGCUCCUGAACAUGUUCCUGGCCAUCAUCAAUGACACGUACUCGGAGGUGAAGGAGGAGCUGGCUGGACAUAAGGAUGAGCUGCAGCUCUCGGACCUCCUCAAACAGGGCUACAAGAAGACUCUGCUGAGGCUGCGGCUGAAGAAGGAGCGGGUGUCUGAUGUGCAGAGGGCUCUGCGGGCUGGGGAGCCGGGCCUCCAGUUCCAGGAGUUCACCAACACCCUGAGGGAACUGGGACAUGCUGAGCAUGAAAUCACAUCUGCAUUCACCAGGUUUGACCGAGAUGGCAAUCGUGUGCUUGAUGAAGAGGAGCAGGAGAAGAUGCACCAGGAUCUGGAGGAGAAGCGGGUGGCUCUCAGCACUGAGAUCCAGACCUUGGGCCAGUCCCUUAGAGGAAGCCAGAAGGAUGAGAGGGGAAGCCUCUGGGUGUCCGGAGAGGAGUUCCUCAGGUACGGGCACCUCUGCUCAGGGGGGAGGGAUGCACUUAAGAACCGGGUCCUGCAGAUUGAAAAUGUCUUGGGAAGCAUCAUGUCCCAGGUGGACGCUGCUGGUUUAAAGGUGAAGGCUCAGGAGAGGAAGGAGCCAUAUCCUUCCCCUUCUGGCACAGGAGAACAGUCUGUCUGGGAGCAGCUUCAGUCACCCCCAGUGUUGACCCUGUCCCCAACUUUGACCUUGACUCCAGGGCUAGGCCCCUGGGAAACCCAGGAUGGGGAGAACAUUGGAGAGAUGGGGACCUCAGAGAAACUGUCUCCACCCCAGGCCCCUCUGCAAAUGAUCUUCUCAGAGGACCACUCUCAAGACACUAUCCGUUUCUAAUGUAAUUUUCUCAUCCCUAUUCAUGAAUGAUCUCUCCUUGGGCCUGUGUGUGUGUGUGUGUGUGUGUGUGUAGUGUCUUGUGUCUAUAGGUAACAGUGUUCCAUGUAAGUCUGACUCUUGUCUCCAUGUUUCCAUGUAUAACCAUGAGGCAGGAGCCACCCCACUAUAACUCCUGUGCUUUGUUCCUGAUCCUAAGCUGAUUGUAUGGUUCAUGUCUUGGAAAAGAUCUUCUAUUCUCUUUAGCAGAAAAAGAAUCAAUAAAGUGUAUAAUAAA